AUGUUACGGUGGUGUGCUAUAGUUUUGCUGGUGUGUACGGGAGCGUUCGGGAAUCCGACGCCCGAAAUGCCGGCUGCAUACGACACGAUAAUCAUCGGCAUGGGAGCGGCUGGAUGCACCGCUGCCUCUACUCUAAGCAAGGCUGGGAAGAAGGUCCUAGCUCUGGAAGCUAUGGACAGGAUCGGAGGCAGGGUCAACACGGUGCCUUUUGGAGACGGCGUCGUUGAAGUAGGAGCUGAGUGGAUUCAUGGCACAGAACAGUCGAGAGUGUACAACUUAGCGAUACAAAAUAAUGUGUCGGUGCUACCCCAGGACAUUGACUUUGAAGUGUACCGGUCAGACGGGAGCAUUGGAGAUAAGAAGGUUCUGAACGAGCUGAUGACUUUCAGCCUUAGCGUUAUCGACGAUCCUCCUGAAACACCUGAACCUUUAGGACAAUUUAUUACAAGACGCCUAAAAGACUACAUGAAAGAGAAAUACCCAGCGCUAUUGGCCGACCAGGACUUCAUAGACAAUCUACUCGAGUUUCUAGAUUUAGUCAUAGACAAUUACGAAUCAUCAAACAGUUGGAACGAAGUGUCCACAGAGUCAAAAUACACAGAACUUGGCGGGUACCAACACAUGAGCUGGCAUAGACAUGGGUAUAAAACCUUGUUUGAAAUUUUAUUGAAUACCUACAAAAACGGCCCGGGCUACCCGAACUUAGACAUCAAGUUGAAAAAGGAAGUCACCCAGAUAGCCUGGCCUCAGGAUCCCACACAAGACGUGGUGGUUACCUGCAAGGAUGGAAGCAGUUACAAAGCCAAAAAUGUGAUCGUCACCGUCUCCUUGGGAGUUCUGAAGGAAAGACACUCGCACCUCUUCUCGCCAGCUCUACCGCAAGAAAAAGUAACCUCAAUACAAAAAGUAUCUAUGGGAGUUGUAGGAAAGGUUAUAUUUAUUUUUGAGAACCGUUGGGUUGCGGAAAACGUAUCAUCGUUCGCGUUUUUAUGGAGGAAUGAAGAUAGGCGGGCGUUAGGACCAGAUGAGGGGUGGUGGCCAAAUAUCGCGGCAACUAGUUCACCUAUGGGCAAUCCCGCUGGUCUAACCCUUUGGACCGUAGGCGAUAUGGCAAAACUGGUUGAAACUUUACCCGAAGAUGUAGUAAAGAGGAAAGCUAUGGAAUUGAUUAGACGAUUCAUGGGAAAGAAUAGGACUAUUCCGGAACCUAUAGCGAUGUUACGCUCGUCAUGGUACUCAAAUCCCUACACUCGAGGUAGCUACUCGUACGACAAUCUCUCCACACCACAAUACCCCCACGCUAGGGCUACUUUAGCGGAGCCCCUUGUAGACAGCAGUGGAGCCCCGAGGGUCCUGUUCGCAGGCGAAGCAACUGAUAACACCCAUUUCUCGACAGUUCAUGGAGCAACUGACACAGGAUUCAGGGAAGCUAAUAGGCUACUGACUAAGGCCAAAUUGUAA